AAAACAUUUUGCUGUUAAACGAGCAGCACUGCCAAAGUCUUUUAGUCACCUCGUUUCAAAUCACUUAAGUAUGUUGGAUUUUUUGUUUUUAAAGAAUUUCAAUGUUACCUAACGGUUAUUAUUUCAAAAAAGAGUGGGUGGUAAAUAAUUGUUUAUAAUUUUAUCAAGAAGUACUGAUUUGAAGAACUGUGUAUAAGUUGUUACUGAACAUUAUUCGUUAUUCGUUUGUCUUGUUGUUACUAUUUAAGUUAUUUAACCAUAUAUGCGUAUAAAUUUCCAAAUAUUUUUAUGCUAAAAGUAUAAUAAAUUGGUUCUUUUAAAAAAAAAAAAAAUAUGUAUAAUACAACUAAUUUAGUUUACGAUAAUUACGUGGACAGCAGUAUGGUGCAUAAAUCACUUCAUAUAAAUCAAAAUGGUAAACAAUUAUCUUUUACAUUUGAAUUUUAUUAUAAUUUUUAUAUUUAAAUUAAGAGUUUGUUUUCGUUAUUCCAGUGAAUAACUAUAGCACUAAAAAAUAUGAAGAAGCAUACCGUCGAUCUUUAGAAGAUCCUGAAGGAUUUUGGGCUGAAGUUGGUACCGUAGUAGAUUGGUAUAAGCCCUGGGAAAAAGUUUUAGACAAUAGUGCACAACCUUUAACUGAUUGGUAAGUACUAGUUAUGCAUUUUCUUGAAGCAUUUCUAAUAAUAGUUUAAGUAAAACAAUAUAUUUUGUAUGAAAAAAUAGUCAGUUAUUUUAAUUAGUAUUAUUUACCAUUUACUUUACACUUAUAUAAUACAGUGCUCUACAAUUUUUUAUCCAAAUUCAUAAAGAUAAUAAUAAUAUAGCAUGUUGGAUUAUAUAUUCUGUACCACGAAUCAGGAUAAAUAAUAAGUCCAGAAAAUUGGAAUUUGAGUAACUCAAAGUUCAUAGAACCAUUGAUAAUACUUUAUAUUUUAUAUGCAAAAUUUAAAUUUAUGAAAAAAACUUACGGUUAGGCAAUGUGUACUUAUUGUAUUUUUUAUGUUAAAUGUAGGUAUGUACUUUUUAGUGUAUGCAAUGGUUUUGUGCUAAUCUAUGUAUUGUGAAAAGACUAAAGUGUUUAACUCCCCUUUGUGUUGCUUUCUAGAAAAUUAUAAAAUUGUAUAGGAAGACUGUAAAAUGAUCCCUAUUUAUAGAACAAUCAUUAAAAAAAAAAAAUUGAUUUUCAUUUCUUAUUAAAAAAAAUUACCAUUGUUUUCUUAGUUUUAUUUACGAGAAUUUUCUAGAAAUAAUAUAAUUUUCAAAAAUUUUGAUAAUUUUAUAUUUGAUUUCGAGUAGUAAACCUAUAAUUUUUGAAAAUUCUAUAAUAAAUUAGUCUAUAUAAAUUCGUACAAUAUUAUUUACAGCUUAUUUUUUUGAAAUAGGAUUAUAAGAAAUGGUCCACUAGAAUUGUAUUAUUCUGCCAAUGAUUACUGAUAGGUAUAAAAACUGAAUAAUAUAUAUACAAAUCAUAAAUAUGUAGGUUUGUUUUAAAAUUAGGUAACAUAAAAAGAAUAUAUUUUUUAAUUGUAAAAUAUUAAGAUAUUUUGAUAGACAUUAUUAAUUAUAACUUACUUAAAUAUAGAUAUUAAUUAUUAUAAGUUUUUGAUGAUGUAUAUAUAUAUAUAUAUAUUUGACAACUUUUAUCAUUAGUUUGCUAUUUAUAUUUUAAACGUAUAAUUGUAAUAUUAGAACUAGCUAGUAGGUAUAUAUCUUGUUGGUACCUACUUGAUUAGGCAAAUGAAGUAAUACAUAUGUUUAGCUCUAGUUAAUAUUUUAUAAAAAAAUAUAAUAUUACCAUGUCAGAAUUAGUAUAGGCUCAUUGUUUUCAAAAGAUAACUGGGUCAGGAAAUUGAUCCUGUCAAAGGGUAGGGAUUGAAGGUUAUAUAAUUAGCUGAUUUAAUUGUUUUAUUUUGUCAUACCGUCAGGAAUAAAAUACACCAUGGAAACAUUUUGUAACAAUGAUUUUGUACAAAUGUUUUUUUUCGAAUUUAUUUAAUUUGUAUCUUUAUUUUAGAACAGAUGUUUAAAUGGUUAAAUUAACGAAAAAAAUUAAUUAAUUAUUGAAAUGUAUGUAUACAAAUUUCUAUGCAGUACAUAAUAGCAUGAUAAAUUAAAUAGGUAUGACAGCAAAAAUUCUAUAUUCAUUGUGUUUACGCAUAUUCCUUACCCCCGAUUUCCCUCUGUCCACAUUUGUGACGUAAGCUUUUCGGUACAUCUUAUUGGUUGUAAUAUUUACAUUCAAAUUAUCGUGUAAUACUUAUAAUAAAGGUGGUUAACCACGUCUUGCCUUUAAGAGACAAAUUAAUAUUGAAUUUAAAUUUCCAAUUUAUUAAUUAUAUUGUUUUAUUAUUUAUUUAUUGUUAUUUAAUGAUACUUCUAAACACUAAAAAUAAAAAUAAACUGACAAAAUUUACAUCUUAAAGCUACCUAUGUUUAUUCUUUUAUCUGUCUAUUUAUUCGUUACGAAUCAUUAAUAAAUACGGAUAAUUAACUGAAUUUAUUUAUUUAUACAAUAUAUAUACACAUAUUAUAUUAGCUGAAAUGCUUGUGUGUGUAUUCAGAUUCUUAUAGGAGUAAAAAAGGACUUUUUUAUAUUGAGCAACUUUCAAAACACUUCCCUAGGCAGAAACGUAAAUUAAAAUUAUAGUAACCAUAUGCAUUUAUCACAAAUCAUAACUAAUGUUUUUGUAUUUUGUAUUGUGAUAACAGUAGCCGAAAAGCCUACGUCACACGUAUCAUGCAUAAUAGGACAUACUGGUAGUAUUGAAAAACUUGGUCAUAUUAAAAAUAUUUAUAGAAAAUAGUUUUGAUAAUUACAUCUAUUAUGAAGCCUUUAUUCUUCAAGAUGCAAAGUUUAAUUUGUAAGGUUUCCACAUUUCUUAAUCGUGUAGGAAUUUCUGUCGAUGGUGCCAUAAUUAGUUUAGUCUACCGAUGCAGUAUAAUUGGGUAUAUAAUAUCUUUUUAUUAACAUAAUUGAGCACAAAAUAUGCAUUUAAAUUAUAAAGCGAUGUUGCCAAAUUCGUUAUCCGUUGAAAAAAUUUUAGGAUCAGGGUUGCAAAUGAGAUAUCCGUUUUUCCACUUGCAGAUCUGUAGCUAGACUAGCUCAGGUUAAAAUCACAUCUUAGAAAAGGGCUCAAAACCAGAAUGUAUAUAUAAUGAAAUAUACAAUUUUAAUGGAAAUUAAUGAAGAAAUAGGCUACAUACAGAGUUAUCAAUUUAUCAUAAGAUACUCAUUAUCUUGGAAAUUAUUAACUUUUUUCGGAAUUUGUUUUAUAGAAUAUUUAAGAAACAAUCAGGUCUACAAUUUUACAUUUAUGUUAUUUUUUUCACCCUUAUUUUUGGGGGUAAAAACAACUACUUACUUUUGAUUGUUAAACGGCAACCUAUAUUAAAAAUUCCUUAAAUAGACGGAGUAUUAGUUAAAAUACAUUUUAGUAUUGUAAUUUAUAAUUUCCCGUAAAUCCAUUAUUUUAUCUUAAUUUUAUUUAUACGUGCAUAGCCACUUAGGCGUAUAUAAAUAAAACUAACCUACUAAUUAUGAUGGGUAGUUUAGUAUUCAAUCAGUAAAAUGUUUAAAAAAUAUAUUUUAUAGUUUAAACUUUAUUAUAUUAUUGUAGUAAUUCAAAAAUAAGGCGGGGAGGUUUAGCCUAAUUAUAUAAAAUAUAUUCACACGUGUAAGUUAAUUAUAAAUUUGAUUACCUUUCUUCUUCAGGUGGCAAAUUGAUCUGUUGAAUUUGAUAAAGGUGACCGUAGUAAAUAAAAAGAUUUUAAUAUAACAACUGUUUCUUUUUUAUUAAUUUUUUAAAUAUAAAACACUGUUCUAGGUUCCCGUGCUUUUGUAAGAAUCUCUGCGUAGUCUUUUACACUCGCUUGUGAUCAUCUGUCUAAAAGCAACGGGAACAAUACAUACACUGAGUAUUGCAUACUAAGAUACUGUAUUCUGUUUAUACUAAUUUAUAAAAAAUGCUAAACACAAUUGAUUUCAAGGCUGAUUUUGUUUAUUUGACACUAUCCCUGUAGAUAUCCAUAUAUACCUGAGCAUUGAAUUUCGUAUUAAAAGUUUUAUAAUUGAAUGUGCCAAAUAUAACCAAAAAAGUGAAAUAUAUCUUUUAUUUAGAAUUGCACAUCAAUUAAAUAUAUUAUUUUCAUAUACUUAGGUAUGGCUUAUAAUAUGUAUUUAAGUAUUUCAAAUUAAAUUUUUUUCACUUAUAGGUUUGUCGGUGGUCAAAUAAAUGCAUGUUUUAAUGCUGUUGAUCGCCAUAUCAAGGCAGGUAAGGGUAAAAAAAUUGCCUUAAUCCAUGAUAGUCCUGUAACUAAAACUGUAACAAAAAUUACAUACGAAGAUCUCUAUGAACAAGUUUGUAUACGUAUAAAAUCAAUAGUUAAUCUGUAUAAUAUAUUAUGAUUAUUAUGUUUUAAGGUGUCAUUGUUAGCGGGCGCUUUAGUCAAUUUAGGCGUAGUAAAAGGCGAUCGUAUUUUAAUUUACAUGCCACUUAUACCAGAAGCUAUAAUAUCAAUGUUAGCUGUUGUUCGCAUUGGAGCUGUUCAUUCUGUAGUUUUUGGUGGUAAGUUAAGUUAAAUUAUAAAUUAAUUAGGUAUUCAAAUUAAAUAUAAUCAGAAUCUAAAAUAAAUUUAAUUUGCAGUGUUCUUUUUUAGUGUUUAUAACUAAUAAGUAGUUUUAAUUAGGAGGUACCUACUUAAUUUAAAAAAAUAUCUAUAUUUAUAGAUACUUAAAUUAUAUUAUAAUUUAAGUGCAUUUCGAAUUAGGAAUAAAGGUCAUAAGAUUUAGUCUGGGAAUAGUGAAUAGUAUAGCAGGAAACAGUGAUGUAGCCAGAAUUCAGGAAAACUCCCUAUAGUAUUUCCCCAAAUAAAUUUCCUUUCAGAAAAAGUCAUUGUAAAUCAGAGAACUAUUUCUGGUAGAAAAGUUAUCCAAAGAAAAAAAAAACAUUGUUGUAAAACUAAUUCCUACAUUCCUACAUUCCUUGCUCCACUCAGAAUUAAAAAUAUUUGUGAUAAUCAUGAGCUAAGAUAGGUAUAGGUACGUAUCGCGGUUAUAUAAAUGUGUAGAUAACCGUGGUACGUAAAAAUAUAAUAAAAAGCCUGCGGUGGAUCCAGACGUUUUUUAAAGGGGGGAGGAACACAUUAUUUAUAUUUUUAGUAAAUUAAUAUUAAAUAAGUACCUAAAUAAAAAUCUUUAGUCCAUUGACAGGAAGGACAUGUGCCCCAGUGCCCCCCUGGAUCCACCACUGUAAAAAGCUAUAUUUGUGAAAUAUAUCUAUGGUCUAUGCCUCUAUGGAAUGUGGAUACUUAUAUUAUUUUUAAUUAUACCCUAUCAUAUUCCGUGAUGAUAUAUAAUCUUAUUGUAGGAAUGCGACAGCUGAGGGUACCUAUGUUUAUUGUAAUUAUAAAUAAAUAUAAAACUGUAAUUGUUUAACUUUCAAAAUUAUGCAUAUUAUUUAGUUAUUUUAUUAUUUGGCUUUAUUAUAUUCCUAAAAUGUUUUCAUUAUAGUCAUAAUAAAUUAUAAUUAUUAUCAAAUUGAGUGAAAGAUCUUAAGAGUUAAGACAAACAUAAAAAUAGAAAUUUGGAAGAAUUAUUUUGUGUUUUAAUGUUGGUAUUAUUUGUUAGUUUAGCUACAGAGGGAAGUGUAGGGAUAAAGUCCCUCACGGUUCUAUGAUAAAUCUAUAGUGAAAAUAUCACUGAUAAAAUCAUCCAUAUUACAGUUUUUUAAAUUUAUUUGUAGUGAUCUAAUUAGACGUGGUACACUAUAUUCAUUGUGUAAAAAAUAAAAUUAAUAAAUUUAAAAUGUGAAUUCUCCCAAAUAGAUAUUGAAAAGCUGACGUUACGCUAAAUAUCUUUUUAAUAUCUAAUAUUCAUUUAUCGUGAUUCUUGAAUUUUAUUUUUUUUGGGACAAAGCUCUCCAGAAAUUUAUUUUUCUAAUUAACCUGCAAGCAUAUUUUUCGUAUUAUUUUGAUUUCAUAAUUUCUUUGGCGGGGCUAUAACAAGUGCAAAUGUUUAUAAAUAACUCUUAUAAUAAAACUUGUUCUUAUAUUAAAAAUUUAACUUCCAAAUAGAUUUAUUAUACAAUUUAUAUUUUUAUGUAAAAAAUUGAUAAUAAAAUAUUUUUACCGGAGAUAUAUUGUAGGAAAUAUUUUGAUGUGGAACUUAGAAAAUUUAAGUAAAGCCUUUGGUAGAAAAGUUGUUUACGAACACAAAAUACCUAACCAAUACCUAGGUACCUACCUACAUUCCUUGCUGCACUUAGAAUAUAGCAUAUUUUGCCAAACUUUUCUACUGGAUACCUACUUAUUUUUCACGUGUGCUAAUAUUACAAAUUUAAAUAAUUAAGAUCUUUAAUUAUUAUAGGUAUAAUAAUAUCUUUAAUUGUCUGGCAUGGACAAUUAUAGGUACCAAUUUGUUUUAUCUUUUAAUGCUUUAAAAUUAUUUUAUGAUAAUCAUAUUAUUAUAGCUUCUCUAUUUUUAAGUAAAAUAUUUUAAGAAGUAUGUUAUUAUUAUAGAUAUUAUUUAUUACCUAUCAUACAUUAACAAUAACAAAAUUUCUUAGGUUUUGCAGCACGUGAACUUUGUGCCCGUAUUAACCAUGCUACUCCAAAAAUUAUAAUAGCUGCUAAUUGUGGAAUUGAACCAAACAAAGUAGUGAGGUAUAUAUAAUUGACAAAAAAUAUUAAUUUAAUUUAUUAACAUGUGGAACUACAAUAUAUUAAUUAUUACUUAUUAGUAUUAUAAUUCUUAAUCUAGGUACAAAGAUAUUCUAAAUACUGCUUUAGAUCGAGUAACAAAAAAACCUAAACAUUGCAUUAUUUAUCAAAGACCAAACAUGGAACCUUCAUUAUUAACUCCAGGGGUUGAUAUACUUUGGUCAGAUGCAUUGUCAACAGCUAAACAUCAUCCUUGUGUACCUGUCGAAGCAAAUCAUCCUCUUUAUAUAUUAUAUACUUCAGGCACUACGGGUUUGUAAUUCUAAAACAUUUUCUAAAUAAUAAAACUGUAUACAAUAUCAAAAUAUAUGUGUAAAAUACUAAACUAUUAAUAUUUAUGAACACUACCUACAAAUGUUUUUUCGGGGCAUUUAAAAACUUGAAAUAUUCAUAGGUACCUAUAAUAUAAUGAUAUUUACCUACCUGGUUCACUACACUACAGACAAUGUUAUAUACCUAUUGAUAGGGUUUGAUUAAGUUAGGUAAAGCAAUAUUUUCUGACUACGGCAUUGAUGUAAUGUAAUAUGUAGGUACCUAUACCUAUAACAUAUCAUAAUUUGAUGUGUGUGUUUUUUAGUUUAUUUAUUAAAGUAGCAUCUAGUAGGAAAUAACUCGAGACAGUGGUGUGCACAUUCUUUUUAAUUGAAAAUUCAUGAACACGCUACUGGUUUAAGAAGUAUACCUAUAUUUAUUUUAAUAAUGAAUAUGAUUCUUUUAGAUAAAAUAACUUGGUAUUAUUUAUCAUUAACCAAUAUUAACAUUGUAUUAUUACUAACCUACAAUUUUAAUAUGAUUUCGAGCAGAAGAAAUUGAAUGAAAUGGAGUUCUAAAGAAAAUUCAGCCCAUUUAUUUUGUAUUUCUUAUGUGGAUAAGCAGAUUAAUAAUUUUAUGAAAUUGUGUACUAUAACCUAAUUUUUAUGUUACACAGAUGGAAUAUUAUAUUAUAGUUCUUUAAAAUAAAUUAGUUUAUAACUAAAUACCAUAACAGUAAAAGUUACAAUUUGUCAAUACAUUUCUAGUAGGUACCUACUUAUUAACUAUUAUAAAUUCAUUAAUUUAUUUUCAGAUAAACCUAAAGGAAUUGUUCGACCAACUGGGGGACAUAUUGCAACAUUAUGUUGGACAAUGAGUUGCAUUUAUGGUAUGACAGGAGAUGAUGUUUGGUGGACUGCGUCUGAUAUGGGAUGGGUUGUUGGUCAUUCAUAUAUAUGUUAUGGUCCACUAUGCGCUGGACUUACAUCAGUCAUGUAUGAAGGUAAACCAGAUAGGACACCUGAUCCUGGACAAUAUUUUAGGUAAAUCAUAUUUAAUUUAAACAUUAAUAAGAAUUAUUGUAUAAUGUUUAUCAUAUAAUCUAUUGAAAACUAUUAUCAAGAGAGUUAGCCUUAAUUUAAUUAAUUAGUUUUAUACACAAUUGUAUAAUUAGGUAUUUUAUGUUUUGAGAUAUUUAAAUUAUAUGUUACAGAGAGUUAUUAUUAUACUACAAAUAUAAUUUAAUACUAUUAUUUAAUUACUAUAUAUAUUUCAUAUUAUCUUAUAGAAUUUAUUAAAUAGUAUAACAUAAAUAAUAUUUUUAAUUUAAGAGUAAUCCAAGAUCAUAAAGUUAAUGGACUGUUUACCGCACCAACUGCUUUAAGAGUCAUCAAAAGAGAAGAUCCAAAUUUGGAAUUUGGUAGUAAAUAUAAUACAAAAUCGUAAGUAAUACAGCUUCUAAUGUAGGUACCUAAAUUAUUCUGUACUAAAAAUAUAUUUUAUUCACAGUCUGAGGACUUUAUUUGUUGCGGGGGAACAUUGUGAUCAUGAAACACUGACAUGGGCUGGAAAAGUUCUAAAUGUAAGUAAAAAACAAUUAUAAUAUGAUAAAAUAAUAUAAUACAAGUAUGAUUAUAUUUUAUUACAUAAUUGAAUUAGGCUAGUAAAUAUAAAUUUUAGAUUGAAAGUGGAAUGAAUUUCUGUUUUGCAAUGAUAUUUUUGUUUGUACAGCAGAUUGAUUUAGAAGUUAAAUUGUAUCUAUAGAUUUACAAAUAUAUAUAUAUAUAUAUAUAUAUACCUAUAAGAAAAUCCUAAAUAAAUGAAAAAGUAGGUAUGUAGAACUGUAGGAGGUUCCAAGUUUAGUUGGAAUAGGGCAAGAAAAUAUUUUACAAUUUUAUAAUAGAUCAAACUCAAUAAGUUAUCAUUAGAUAUAAAUAUUAAACAGAUUAUAUUGUUUACACACUUCAUUUAAAAUUUAAUAUUAUUAAAAAUAUAUAACCAUGCAUUUAAAUUGUAAUAAAUAAUCAAGAUUUUUGUUGUUACUAUAGUGAUACUAUUGUAAUAUUUAGGAUAAAUGUUGAGCUUUUGACUGGUUAAAUACUUUUGGUCAAUUGUCCAUAUUUGUAUGGACAAUAGAAGUCAAAAUCUAAAAAUUGAAAAAUUAUAACUUGUAAAAUGCUUAAUUAUAUUAUUAAAUUUAAAAUGCAUUUUUUAAUUUUUACUAAAGUUGUCUAAAGAUAUGCACAUCGAAUGAAUGGUUAGACAAUUUUAAUAAUUUUAAACAUUAUUGAUCAACUAAGUAAUAAUUAUUCAUUUUAUCUUUAAUGUGGUUAGGUAAAUAUAAAAACAAAAUUUUAUUCUAAAAACAAAUAUUAAUAAACAACACAAAUAAUACAAUUCAUAAUAAAUUAAGGUAGUUAUUUUAAUAUAUAUUAUUUAUACAACUAAAAAUUCACCAUAUUUUGAACAAUCAAAUUACCAAGUGUCAACCCUGUUUAGAAUGAUCCUAUUUAUAGUUUUAAAUCAAUCUUGAAUUUAUUGAUUAUUUUUAUUUUUAAAACUUUUAAUUAUAUAUUUAAAACGUAUAAUAUACCUAUAUGAAUACCUGUACUUUAAAACUAUAGAUUACUAUAAUAUUUUUUUAUUGUUUACUAAGGUACCCGUUUUGAAUCACUGGUGGCAAACUGAAACUGGUCAUUCAAUUACAGCUACUUGUCUGGGAUUUGGACAUAACCUAAAGCCUCCAAUGUUUUCCGCGGGUAUGCCAUUCCCUGGAUAUGAUGGUAAGAAGAUAAUUAUUUUUGUUUUUGGUAAAAUUAAUAAAAACUAAACUGAAUAAAAAAAAUGUAUGGUCUUACUUAUUUUCAACUUUUUAAAACUUUUAGUAAGGAUUUUAAAAGAAGACGGCAGUCCAUGUCGGCUAUACGAAUUGGGUAGAAUUGUGGUUAAACUUCCAUUACCACCUGGAGUUAUGUCAUGUCUAUAUAAAGCCCCUGAACGGUUUAUUAAUACAUAUUUUAAUAAUUUCAUUGUACGAAAAUUAGUACACAUUUUAGUUUUGCGGUUAAAGCUAAUAUUGAAUAUUUAUUAUAUCAGGGUUAUUAUGAUACAAUGGAUGCUGGCUAUACUGAUGAAUAUGGUUAUAUUUACGUCACAGCCAGAGACGAUGAUGUUAUUAAUGUGGCUGGACAUAGACUAUCGACAUCUGCAUUAGAAGACGUCAUUUUAUCACAUCCAGACGUUGGUGAUGCUGCUGUAUUUGGAGUUCCAGAGAAUACCAAAGGGGAAAUACCUUUAUGUCUUUAUAUAAAAAAUAAAAGUUAGUUAGUAAUUGAGUUUUGAAUUUAAUGUAGUUUAUAAAUAAAAUUUGACUAAAUUAGAUUGCAGUAAAAAUGAAGAAGAAAUUAAUAAUGAAAUCGUACAAAAUGUUAGAGAUUUAAUUGGACCAAUUGCAUCAUUUCAUUUAUGUUCACCUGUGGAAGGGUUACCAAGAACAAGAUCAGGCAAAACAGCUAGGAAAUCAUUAUCAAAUUUAGCUAGUGGGAAAAAAGUUAUAGUAAGUUAAAUAUAAGUAAAUUAUUUAACAUAGAUGAUAUAGAUAAUAGAUAACUAUAAGAAAUCUGAAAAUCAUUUUGAUCAACAUAAUAAUAUUAAAUAUGUACAUGUAUAUAUAUUAUUAUAAUUGAAAAUAAACGUUUUUUUCGUGAUCUUUAUAAGACAUUCCAUUUUAAAUAUAAAAAGAUACCAAUUUGUUGUAAAUUAUACAAAUGAGGUACUUAUCUAUUUAUAUUUUUAUGUAGGUAGUUUAAUGCAUUAUUAGUGAAAAGUUAUUUUACUAAUUGUGACUUUUUAUUAAUUUUAUUAUAAAUGUGUUUAUUUUUUAUACUUUUGAAGCGGUGCCAUCUUUAAAUGUUAAAUUUAUAUUUUUGCCAAUAUGACACUUUAGAGUAGUAAUAUUAUUAAUUACUCGUAAUUCAAAUUUUUAAUUGUUUUUACAAAAAGUGCCUGUAAAUAUAUAAAUUAUAAAUGUAUACAACUCAUUAUCCUGACUUUCCAUUGAUACUACCUAUACAUAAUAAUUAAAAAGUUAGUUCAAAUUAUAAAAAACAAAAAUAAUUUUGUUACAGAUAUCAGGAACGAUAGAAGAUCCUUUAGUAUAUUUGGACAUUAAGAAGGUACUACAAAAACUUGGGUAUGCUAAAAAUGCUCCAGAUCCCGAAACCGAAAAAUAACAAAAGGAUGCAUAAUAAAAAAAUUAUGUUAAUUUUUUUAAAUUUUGAUUAUUUGAUUCUUAGUAUAAUUGAUAUAUUGUUAAACAACUAAAUGUGGAAUCUAUAAUCAAUUUAAUUGUGAAGCUAUAACAAUUUAUAACUCACUGUCCGUAUCAGUACGGAUUAAAAAAAAAAUUUCAGACAAAUUAUGAACAUUCUCAACCAUUAGGUAAUUAAUAAAAAAAAAGUCUUAAUCAGUGCAAUAUAAACACCACAGUGUGUUUGGUGUAAAUGAUACUAUACCAUUUUUAUAAUCUUAAAGGCUCACUGACAUAGAGGGGAGAUGCCCAACCAUCCAUGAAUCCAAUAUACACACAGGCCUAUUCAAGUCCAGUUUUGGUACUGGUCCUAAACUUAAUAUAUACCUAAUAUAUAUUAUUCUAUAAAUACGAAUAAUAAAAUUAAUUCCCUUUUUGUGUAUCUUAAAAAAACAUUUUAAUAAUUCCAAAGAACUCAUAUUAUUAUUAGGUAACCUACCUAUUUAUAAUUGUUGUUUGAUGCACAAGCAGACAACUGUAAGUUGUGUAGAAUGUCUCUUUAGUUCUUAAUAUUAUAUAUUAUUUUUUAAAUUUUAACCUUGGAAGUAUAAUUUUUAGUAUUGAAAUAAAAUUCAUAAAAAAAUAUAUUGCGUUCAAUAAAAGUCUUGCUUGCCAUUAGGGAUACAAAUUUAAAUUCAUUUAUAAUUAUUAAUUUAUUCUACUUUUAAUAUAAUUAAAAAUAAAUUUAAAAGCAUUAAGAAUAUAAUAUUUUUUAAUUUGUUAGGUAAUCAAUGAGUUUUGGUAAAUAAUAAAUAUUCAUGAGAUCAACAUAUAUUAUGAGUUAGUAUAGUAGGCAAACCUACUAGAUAUUAUUUUAUAUGAACAAUAUAUUAUAUUAUUUAAAUUUAAAAAAAUUGUUUCUGUUUACUUAAAAUACUACUGUUUAAGAAAAAAAUUGUAAAUAUUAUGAAAAAUAAAAUAAAAUAAUAUUAUUAACUAACUAAUUUAUGAUUAAUAGUUUUACCAGUGUCUAUAUUUGUGUUACAAUGAUUGAUUUUAAAAUUAAAUAGAUAAGUGUAAAACUUAAAAAUCGUAUAAUUGGGAUGGAUGGUUUAUUCUUGGCAACAAAGUACCUGAGCAUUUCCAGAAAAAAUUCGCAAAAACUGUUUUCCCAAGCACAAUAAAAUAUUGAAAAAUGAAGUACCUACACUUCAAUUUUAUUUAUACUUAAAUAAUUUAAAUAUAAAAAAUCAGUUACAAUAUUUUACAAAAAAUUAAAAAAAACUAUAUCACAGAAUUUUACAAUCAAAUUUAAUUCAAAUAAUUAAAACAUUACUUAAUUGAAUUGGAAUAAAGUUAAAUUGAAAAUAAUGACUUAGAAAAACUAUUUGAUGUUUUAAUAAAAUUAAUACUAGUAAACACUAAAUUACACAGUAAACAAUGAAUAUUAUAAAUUAUAAUACCUAAUUAACAAAUAAAGAUAUUAAUAUUUCAUUAUAAUCAAAAG